GUCGGUUAGGAGUUCCCCCGAAAUUCAAUUCAACGCAUUGGAAAAUUGAAGACCUCAAGAAUCUGAUACCCAAUUACCCCCUUUUGGCAUCAAUCAACUUCCAUUUUUGAAGAUCCAUUUGACAGUAAUAAGAAUUCAGAUUUAAGGGUUUUAAAGCUUUAAAGCUACAAAUACAGAGAGAAUUAAGAAGAAAUGACACAGCCGAGUAAAGAGCCAUGUAAGAAACAGGCUUGCGAUAUUCAAGCUUGCCUUUCCAAGAAUAAUUUUCUUUCUCAAAGGUGUGUAAAGGUGAUCGAAGCACUAAAGUACUGUUGUGAGCAAUGUGAAUACAAAUCAACACAUUGUGCUUCUGUCUCUGGGCUUCUAAAGCAAAUACAGAAAAAAUAGAGUUCAAUGGCUACAGUUGGCAGAAAACCACAGAUAAAACUAUAUCCUAGUUGUUCUCCGUAGCAGAGGAGCCAAAGUGAGUUGCUUUUCAGAAGAUCUGAGAACCAAACAUCUUGGUACUGUUUGGACGUUUUUACUGCAAUCAAGAAAGCUGGGUCGCUGCAUAAAGUAAUCGUAUCAUAUUUUAAUUUUGUUCAUGGAUGUGUAAGUCCAUUAGAAAUCCGAUUUUAGAUGUUGAGAUUGACAUAUGGAUGUAUUUCAGUAGUAUGUCAUAGGGAACAUAGCUAUUGAACCUCACAAGUAAAUUGUGGUGAUGAUGGUCGUGGCAUACUAAACCUGUAGAUAGACUGCAUUACCUCAUUUGACCAGCUUGUAUAGACAAUGGAGCAAGCUGUUACUGUUGCCGCACUACCAGUACUUCUAAAAUUCUUUUCUGAAGUGUAUUCAUUUGCUAGUUCGUCACUUAAUUUCUGUAGGUGGAUAUUUUAGCCACAAAUAUAUACCAUUCUUAUUAAAAAGGUGGAA